GACUACCCGUAAUUGUCCUGUACACAGUUUCUUCCGGAAGAAACACACUGUAGGUAGACAGGUGGAAUAUACACAUAUUUUGAAGUGCGCGUUACGUCAAAGGAUAAAUAAGUGCUUUAUUUCAGUCGUUUUUCAGGCCCAGCGCCCUGUCGCUUGCACAUGCUGCUGUGCCGGGUUUCUGUGGUGAGCCAGACGCUGGGCAGAUGGAGCCGGAGGUCACAGCGGGUAGGCGGCCUGCUCCGCCGCGCUGUGCCGCUCUCCUCCAGCCGCUGUCACGGAGUAAGCGCCGGGGAAGGCUCCGCUCAGCCCACAGAGCCCGCCUCUGUCCAGGGCCUCUACCGGGAUUCGGUGCUUCUUCCAAAAACAGAAUUUCCAAUGAAGCUGGUCGGACAGAAACUUCUGGACAGAGAGGUGGAGAUCCAGCAGACAUGUGGAUUUGCAGAGCUGUACUCCUGGCAGAGAGAGAGAAAGGCCAAGAAAGAGUUCUGUCUUCAUGAUGGACCUCCGUAUGCCAAUGGUGACCCUCACGUUGGACAUGCACUAAAUAAAAUUCUUAAAGAUAUCCGUAACCGCUUUGAGAUGCUGAGAGGUCGACAGGUCCACUAUAUUCCUGGUUGGGAUUGCCAUGGUUUGCCCAUUGAGCUGAAGGCUCUAGGAGAGCUUGGCACUAGUGGGCUGUCCCCCCUUCAGAUCCGCCAUAAAGCUCGGGAGUUUGCAGAGAAAGCCAUCGCUCGACAGAAAGCUGCCUUCCAGCGCUGGGGUGUGAUGGCAGACUGGGACCAGUGCUACUUCACUUAUGACGGCACCUAUGAGGCUGCUCAACUCAAAGUGUUUCAGGAGAUGCACAGUAAAGAGCUCAUAUACCAAGACUAUAAGCCGGUUUUCUGGUCUCCUUCUUCUAGAACGGCUUUAGCAGAAGCUGAGCUGGAAUAUAACCCCGAGCAUUUAAGCAGAGCCAUCUAUGCCACAUUUCCACUUGUGAAGUUACCCCCAAGUAUUACCAAAGAAGCAGAUGUGGACAAUGUGUCUGUGUUGGUGUGGACGACCCAACCUUGGACCAUUCCAGCUAACCAGGCUGUUUGUUACAUGCCUAAUGCCCAAUAUUCUAUAGUGAGGAGGCCAGAUAAUAGUGAGCUGCUGCUGUUGGCCACUGAGCGCCUUGCCAAUGUGUCAGCACUUCUGGGCACAGGGCUGGAGACAGUUGCCACUUUCACAGGUUCCCAGCUUGAAGGCGGGUUCUGUAAACAUCCCAUUAUCCUGACCAAAGAAGUUCCUCUGCUGCCAGCCAAUCAUGUAACUAUGGCCAAAGGGACAGGUCUGGUCCACACUGCUCCGGCUCACGGCAUGGAGGACUACAGUGUGGCCUCACAGUUUAACUUAUCUGUGGAAUGUAUAGUGGAUGAAGAUGGGAAGUUCACUGAAUUGGCUGGUCCUGAGCUGCAGAGUCUUUUUGUGAUGAGUGAAGGAACCAAUAAAGUGAUCUCCAUGCUGAAGGAGAGUGAUGCUCUAGUCAAAGAGGAGCAGUGCGUACACAGUUAUCCAUAUGACUGGAGGACUAAACAGCCUGUCAUGAUCAGACCCAGCAAACAGUGGUUUAUCAACACAGCAUCGCUCAAAGACAAGGCAAAGGAUGUUCUUCAAAAGGUUCGUAUCCUGCCAGAGUCGGCACGUGGCAGCAUGUUGGCCAUGUUGGAUAGAAGGACGUACUGGUGCAUCUCCCGACAGAGGAGCUGGGGAGUACCUAUCCCAGUCUUCUACCAUAAAGAGUCUGGACAGCCUCUUAUUAACAACCACACUAUAUCUCACAUAGCAUCGCUGUUUAAGGAAAAAGGCAGCGACUGUUGGUGGGAACUUCCCAUUGAGACUUUGUUGCCUUCAAAUGUCCUGAAGAAGAGCAAAGCGGGCCCUGUGUCCAACUAUGUUCGUGGAGAGGAUGUGCUAGACAUCUGGUUUGACAGUGGAUCCUCAUGGGCAGCAGUACUAGAAGAGGAAAUGGAGGAGGAGCCUGAGGAGCCAGAGUCACGUCUCAGCUGGCUCUCUUCUCGACUGCGUAGCCCUUUGAACACAGAGUCUGACUCCAGGGCAGAUGUGUAUGUAGAGGGGAAGGACCAGCUUGGAGGAUGGUUUCAGUCCUCUCUUCUGACCAGUGUAGCUGUGAGGAACAAGGCACCAUACAAGUCUCUUGUGGUCCAUGGUUUUGCCGUCAGUGAGAAGGGAGAGAAGAUGUCCAAAUCUCUGGGCAAUGUUGUGGACCCUGAUACUGUAAUUAAUGGAGGAAAGGACUCCAGCAUGCCCGCCUAUGGGGCUGAUGUUCUUCGAUGGUGGGUGGCAGAGUCCAAUGUCUUCUCUGAGGUUCAAAUAGGACCCAGCUCUCUUAACUCAGCCAAAGAAAGCAUCAGCAAGUUAAGGAACACUUUGAAGUUUCUACUUGGAAAUGUACACGGUUUUGACCCACGCACUCAAGCUGUGGACCCCAAAGAGAUGCACUACAUUGAUCAGUAUAUGCUCCACCUGCUCCGGGACUUCAGCAUCAAGGUAACCGAUGCCUAUACUGAAUUUGAUGCAGGUCGUGUCAUACGUCUCCUCCAGGCUUUUAUCACCAGAGACCUCUCUAGUUUUUAUUUUAGCAUCAUCAAAGACAGACUUUACUGUGAUCCAGAAGAUUCUUUGGGAAGACGGUCAUGUCAAACAGCUUUAGAGGAGAUUUUAGAUGGUGUAACCAGAUGUAUAGCUCCCAUCCUCCCACACCUGGCUGAAGAGGUGUAUCUUCAUGCACCUGGUCAUGAUGAAGGAGAGACUGUGUUUAAAAGUGGCUGGAUCAAGAGCAGUUCUGUGUGGAAGCGGCCUGGACUGGAGGAGGCAGUGGAAGGAGCCUGUGCUAUUCGAGACUCUUUCCUCUCGAUGAUUCCAGGGAAAAAUGCUGCUCAGUACGACCUCACAAUCACCAUAGAGCCAGGCCUACUAUUUGAGCUCAUGGAGUCUUUACAAGAGGAGCCCAUCUCCACCACCUCUCAGCUAGCUGAACUGAUGAUGUGUGCUAAAGUAAACCUCACCAGCGAGCUGCCCCGUGACCUGCCCUCUGACGCCCUGCGGAGUCAUGGGACAUUCCUCAUUAACCUGGAGGGGGGAAUGAUCCGUGAAGAUAGUCCUUACAGUAUCGCUGUGGUGCCCUCCUCUGCUGCUCGCUGCCCUAGGUGCAGGCGCUUCACCUCAGACUCCACAGACUGUUUAUGCCCGCGCUGCCAAACUCUCCUGUCACAAACUCAGUGACUGCUUGAUCAAAGCUAACAAAACUCACAUUACACAUUAGGAGAAAUUGUUUUGUGAUUUAACCAGAAACACAAUUUGCAGCAUGAAACUGACCUGAUUUACAUGAUUUGAGUGGUUUAAAACAACCUGUCUGUUCCAAAUAUUACUACCUGGAUUUUGCAAAUAGAUUUGCGAAUAAGGGUAGGGAACGUCCACUGAAUAAUUAUAUGCUUCAAAAAUGAGUCUAGCAUACACACCACAUACCCCAAGAAUUUUCCAAGCAAAUACUCCCUCACUUAAAUUAUUGGAGCGGCUUUAGGUUUGACAAUAAGGUUGACACCUUUAUUUGUUGGUAGUUAGAAUUAAAGUCUAAAGGAACAUUUGUCAAUUUAUAAAUGUCACUGUGUGACACCAGUAGUGAGCAAUCUGUAAAUUAAGUCUGUAUUCUUUUUGUGUUAUUAUAAAUGUGGCAAGAAAGGCAUUAAUACAGCAGUCUUCAAAGUAGA